GAUAUUGUUGUUCUAUGGGACAAUUAUAAUUUUGUUGGUCUCUACCCUAAUGUGAAAAGAUUUCUAAAGAACUUAGUCAGAAAUGAGAAGCUGGCCGCGAAGGAACAAGGAACUUAUCUUGGUUUCGUCACACUCCAAAACGACAACAAACUAAGAGAAUUAUUGCAACUUGGGGAUAUUAAGAAUAAAACAGAGCUGAUAAAGUGGAUUGAGGAUUUUGAAAGCAGCAAUUAUUCCAGAAGCAAUACGACCAUCAUAAAAAAGGCACACGGACUUAAAAUUCAUGCGCUAAAAAACAGCACUUGGAAAAACGACCGUCCUGGUGUGGACGACGUCAUCCUGUUGUUAUUAUUGGGCAAUAGGACUGACAACAACAGUUUAGUAAAAAAUCAAGCGAGGUUCGUUGAUAUCUUAAGGAAAGCGAAAAAUUCCACCAUCGUAGGCAUUGUUGGAAGCGAAAGCAAUUUCCUCACAUUUGACGUUAAAAGAUCGUCGUCACCACAUCCGGUGUUUAAACAAAUUAUAUCCGACAACUUAGACGAAGAUUUGAAUAAAAUCGUUGAUGCCUUUUGUGCAUAUCCAGGAGGAGUAUGUGAUUGUGCACGUGAUGAAGAUUUUAUUGCAUAUGCUACACCUGGUGGACUCACAGGAUUGGUCAAUUGGACAAUACCCGAAGUCACGUGUUCUGAUUAUGAGAGAGGUCCAGUCGGUCCACCUGGCGUCACGUCUCCCGCACAUUUCUCGCUCGGCAAACACGUGAUUACCUAUCCAUUCUCGUACAAAAGUGAUGGCAAGAUCAUUCAGUUUAAAUGUUUUGUCAGAUUUACCGUUGUUCAAUUCCUAAGUGCAUGUUCAAUAUUACGAGAAAAAAAUCAAACAGCCGAUAGCGGCAUGUAUCGUGUAACUUUCAUGCAAGGACACUCAGCUAUGACAUUUUGUGAUAUGACUUCAAAGAAUGGUGUUGGUGUGACAGAGAUUGGACAUGAUAGUGAAUCCAGAACACUUGUAGAUGGACAUGAAUCUCCAGGUUCUUACAAAAGAAAGAUUAAAUAUAACAUUUCCAUGGAGCAGAUUGUCGCGAUUAUCAACCAGUCGAAGAAUUGUGAGCAAUUUAUUCAAUAUGAAUGUUUUGAUAGUUUGUUGUUCAGAUAUCCCUACGGUUGGUGGGUAUCACGUCAGGGUUACAAGAUGGAUUAUUGGGGUGGAGCGGCAGUCAACAGUGGAAAGUGUUCAUGUGGAAUGACCAACAGCUGUGCAGAUGGAGGAAAAUGUAAUUGUGACGAGAAUACUCAAAUAUGGCGUGAAGACAGUGGAUACCUGACAGACAGGAAAACACUUCCUGUCACUGAGUUGAGAUUUGGCGAUACAUCUUCAUAUAAAGGGAGAGAUGAGCUUGGUUAUCAUACACUGGGAAAAUUACGUUGCUGGGGAUAA